CUUUUAAUAACACACACGCGCCUUUCACCUAUAGUAUAUCUUUCAUAGUUUUCUCAUUUUCCCCAUAGAAACCGUUUCAUUGUCUCUCCACUUCAACUUCUCUAUUUCCUUCUUCCUAUAAACCAAUGUCCCAUUCCUAUUCCUAUUCCUAAACCCUACCCACUCUCACACACAUCAACCUCCCCUUUUUUUUUCUUCUAAUUAUAAACCAUCACAAUUAUUCAAAACGACCAUGCCGUUUCCUUGGAAGAAAAAAAAUAGAGUCACUCGAAUUUCCCAAAUCGUCGCUGAUCUCCAAUCCCCAAAACGCGGCGGUUCCCUUGUCGUUGAAACCGGUUUUCCUACUUCCCUCAUCGAUCUCUUCGUUAAAAACCGGAGCCGGUUCAAUAAAUCUAGAUUCAAAAAACCGGUUCGCUCCGAAAUUCUUGAUCCGUCACCGCCUCCGCCUCCGCCACCGCCGUCUCCGGUUACCUCUUCUCCACCGAUUCAUGAUGUCUCCGUCUCUGCCGCUACCGCCACUGUCUCCGAUCACCUCUCCACCACCGCCGCAGACACCUCCAUCACCGCCUCCUCCACUUCUCCUCCGAUUCACGACGUUUCCACUGCGGAUAUUCCAGGGCCGAAUCAUCCAAUCGGAGAAAUCACCGACGGAGUGGUUAAUCAUGUUCCGGUGAACGAAUUCAGUUCCGCGUUAAAUUCGAAGUUAAUUACCGUUAAGAUGUUGACGGUUAUUAUUUUGGCAGCGAGCGUGAAAGAGUUAACGGUUGCGAUGACUGUAUCGGCGUUCGCGCUUCUGUUUCUGGAAAACGCAUUGAAACGCGUUGUUUCUAUUUUAAAGCCUUGUUCAAAUGUUAGCGUUGCAAUGAAAUCAAUGUUCCAGAAGGUGCUAUUUCAAAAGAAUCCUAAAGAGGUUUGUGAAACUGUAACCGUUUUGGAUCGUGAAGUUCAAAUUUCGAGUUUGAAUUUAAAUUGUUGUAUGAAUGAUGAAAUUGAAGUCGUGGAAACAAAGAGUGAAUUGGGGAUUUGUUGUGAAUUGAAUGAUUCAUUGGUUUCUGAGUGCAAAAUUAAGCGUAGUCGAAGUGGUAGGUUUAGGUCAAUUAUGGUGAAGAAACUUAAGAAGUUCCGUAGUUCCAAGAAAGAGAAAAAGGAAAAAAUAGAAAAUACUAAUAAAGAGGAUGAAGUUGAAUUAAGUAGUGAUGUGUCAAGUGUUGUUGGUGAAGAUAAAGAAGAGAUUAAAAAUGAAGUUGAUUGUGGAAUCACUUGUUCUCAAGAAUCAGUUGUUGUUGGGAAUUCAGGUUAUAUAAUUCUGGUUAUAAUCGUACUUAUUGGGCUUAUUGUGGGACGUUUGCCAGCAUUGAUUCUUACAAUAGGAUGGUGUUUCUUGGUGAAGAUGGUUAGAGGUGUGUGGAGAUCAAAGAAUGGUUCUCUUAGCAAAUGUUCUUCUUCAAGGUCUUGAUGGAAUGGAAUCAAUUGGGUGGUGUGAGACAUUGAAAUUCAAAGUUCAUUCAUGUGUGAUAGGAACUCCAACCAUUUGUUGGGAAUCCAACUUUAUAGAGUUGUAUUUAUAUAUAUAAACAGAGUAGAUUAUAGAUAGAUAAGAUACAUACUAAUAUGACAGUAGAUAUUAAUAAUAGAGAUUCUUUCUUUUUUCAUGGAUUAA